AUGGUGACAUUGACCGUCGUUUUGCCUUGCCAGGAGAAGUGUGAGCGGCACAGCAAGACUUCACAGCACAGCCUGUCCGGGUCAUCGGGGUCACCAGUGAGUAACUGUCGCGAGUCCCAUGAGGGAGGGCGAGGCGUGAGGUAUCGGAGAGACUCGGCGGUGGAUUCUGGUCCUGAUGACAACACACUCUCCAAAUCCCUGCAGUACCUUGGACAUCCACUCAGGCCGCACCAGCCUGAGACCGACCCAAUACAGACUGGAAGAAGCUUUGCCCCUCCCCUGCUCAGCGCCGCCCCUCCGCAGGCUCAAUCACAGCUUGAUCCGUCCACCUUUGCUGCAGUCCUCUUCCACCAACCGGGAGGGACUGUCCUCCCCGCUCCACCAGAGAGACAUGUCGCAGGCUCCGUGAACGAGACCCUGGCGCUCAGACUUCACACCAACGGACAUAGAGAAGCCAACCACAGUGACGGGUGCGAUCCAGACGGCCGGGAGCUGCAAGACCUGCCUGUUCACUUGGAGGGGACGACGAAGAGCUACAUGGAACGCAUGGAUGAGCUCGUGGCUACCAGACUCGCCAUCAGCGACACGGAAGAGGGAGCGUUGGCGUGUGGUGGGAGAGCGAGGCGACGAGGCUGUUCCACCACAGCGGCAGCGCGCGGCAGCCGGAGGCAUUGGAACCCGUGGUGGCCAAGACGAGAUUGCACGAUCCUCGACGGCUCAUCAGGCCGACUCGCCCCCAACCCAUCGUGUACACGUCAGGCCGUGCCGCUCAUCGCGGAGCAUCACAGCUACACAAAUCAAUGUUGACUCGCAGAGGAAAGCUAAAUGACCAUAUUUUUGCUAAAAGGAGAGAAAAGGAAUACAUCCAUCUGCUGCUGCCUCCAGAGACAAGAGUGAGGCGCACUACCGCCGUCCAAUACUUCGAGUCCCCGCCCUCAGGCACCAG